ACGGAAUUAUCUCGCUCGGCGCAAACGGGAGAUGCACUGAGACCCAGCAUCAUUGUUUCUGUUGCAUGGGCCGUAAUGCGGGUUUUCAGUCGGGGCAGCUAGCAGCUAACUAGCUAGCUCAUGGCAGCUUGAUUGUUAUAAACACAGCUGCCUUAAAGCGUACAGCUUUAUUUAGUUCGGUCAUUUGAUCUGAAGUUCACAUGUACCGCAAUCGCCAAGGAAUGUUUUGCUAGCUAAAUGUACUGGAUAUUCUUCUCCUGCAUUCCUCUUUAGAUUUAUUGCCCUCCUUCUUCCCUGCACAAAGCAAAACCACCACCAUGAGUAUUAUCCAAGACAAAUUAGGCAAUGAGUUUUUGCGUAACGGUGGCAUGGACCCCAAUUUCGCACCAGGUAUGCUUAUGUUCAGCCACCUGCCACCUGUCACAAGCUUUACACGGCUGACCUCCCAGUCCGUUAUGGGCGAGCUUCCCCAAGAGAUGAUCCUGAAGAAAGAACGUGACUCGCCCCCAGAACACCAGGGCGCCACUGCUGCGAACACAGGGGGCUUCCUCCACAGUAUGGGCAUUAAACAGGAGCGGCUAAAUGAGCUGGAUUACCGUAUGCCCCUCUAUGGCGGGGGUGGAGGAGUAGGGGUGAACUGUGCUGGAGGGGGUGCGGGGAAGAGUGGUACUGACAUGCCGGACAUGUCUUUCGGCAACCACCACCAAAAUCACCAGAACAUGCUUCUGCAUGACCUCAGCCUCAGCAACGUUCGUUCCCUUGGAGAACCGAUGCCUGGAAGACCGGGCAAAGAGCCAAAAGAGUGCUCAGGUAGAAGAGGGCGGAGGAGCAAUGGGGACGGGCAGGGAGGCAAAGCACGAAGGAAACGCAGCGAUGCUGCAAAGGCCAUGAUGUUGGAUGCAGAUGGAGCCUGCCUGUCCCCUAGCUCAAAACCACAUAUCUGUGAGCACUGUAAUGCUGCCUUCCGCAGCUCCUACCACUUGCGCAGACAUGUGCUUAUACACACAGAUCGCACAGGUGAGAGGCCUUUCCGGUGUAGCCAGUGUAACAUGAGCUUCAUUCAGAAGUACCUGCUCCAGCGGCACGAGAAGAUCCACAGUGGAGAGAAGCCUUUUAGCUGUGACCAGUGUAACAUGCGUUUUAUCCAGAAGUACCAUAUGGAGCGACACAAAAGGACACACAGUGGCGAGAAGCCAUAUCGCUGCGAUACCUGCCAACAAUUUUUCUCAAGAACAGACCGGUUACUGAAGCACAAACGGACUUGUGGAGAAGCCAUAAAGAAGGGCCUGGACCCAAGCAUGCUGGAGCUCAGUGAAGCGGAGCUAGGCCAUGGCAGCUAUUCACUCACUCAGGGAAACUCUACCACCUCCGGACGCAAGAGGGCCAAGUCCAAAAACGGUGAGGGCAGUGAGCGCAAGAGGAAGAAGAAUGCCUCUGCAUCAGCAGCCUCGUCCUCUGGCGGAAUGGCCCGUGACCUGGGCCUCCAGGACUUCAGCAUGGAGCACCCCUCAGGCUCUGGCCCCGCCAUGCAAGGACGUACUCCCAAAUUGGUCUUUAAAAAAGCUGGCCGCAAGGGCCUGGACAAGGGCCUCCUCUCUCUGGAAGACGGUGCUGAUGGACAAAAACGGUUGGGCCAGAAGCCUGUCUCCAUGGAUCACGUGGAGAGUUCUGGCCUUGAUAACAUGGGUCUACUCCAUGGAGCCGGGGGCAACAAACAGGGGCCCACCACCAGCAGCAACUACGACGAUGCAAUGCAGUUUGUGAAAAAGCGGCGCUACCUCCACGCAGUUAACAAUGACUAUGGAGCCGGCUCACUGCACAUGGCACCCCAGGGCAGUAGUGUAAUCCAGGGCUCCCUGGGGCCAGAGCCCACACUGGCUAUGCUAGACUCGUCGCCUUUGGAGCUUAAGCACGACAAGUCAGGCAUUCCAGAUGAGGUACUGCAAAGCCUGCUAGACCAUUAUAGCCAUAAGCCAGAGGGGACACACCACCAUGAUGUGACUUUCGACCUGUCGGACCACCCACACCACGUAGACCUCCAGCCAGCAGCCCCUGUUACCCCCGAGCUGGAGGAUGACUCGCCCAAUGGUGGUGACAAGACGGCAGUGAUGAGCGAGUACUCAAAGUUCCUCCUGCAGGCCCUGGAGCGCACCAGCCAUAGUGGACCCUUCCCCAGCCUUGGCCCAACAGGGCCUUUCCCACUCCUGUCCAGCAGCUCCAGUCCCACCGGCCCCCUGUUCUCCGACAAACAUGUGUACACCACAUCCCCACUGGAUUGUGGCUACCCACCUGCUGUCUCCUCCCCACUGCCCAUCAUCGCCCCUUCAUCAACCUCCUCCUCGUCCUCCUCCAAGUCCCACUAUGGCAUGCUUGUCGGCUCCCCAUCCCAGGCAGGCUACCACCUCAGCUUGGAACCUACAAGCCACCAGCAGCUGACUCCAUCUCAGGAGCUGACCGAGCAGCUGGAGAAGCAGCACUCCCCCGGCACCUACAACCUACCUCCCCAGGACCUGACUGCCCCGGCAGAGGGCUCCAAGGGGCAGCAGCCCAAGCCUGGAGGGAGCGCUGCACCCACCAACGGCUCCAGCUACCCAGACCUGUCCCCACUGAACCCCCCUAAAGAAACCACGUAUCAGAUUGAGAACUUCGCCCAGGCCUUUGGCUCCCAGUUCAAGUCAGGGCGGCGGACCCCUCUGAGCUAUGGCAGUGAUCCUGGGUCAGAGGUCGAUCAUCGAAUACGGACUCCAGUGUCAGAAUUCUCAGGGUAUACCAGUUUGUUAGCUGACGUCAGUGAGCCAGUGAGUACAGGAUCAAAAACCCCGACAAGCCAAAGUUUCAGAUAGGGGUCAAACGAGGUGAAUCCAGUAGGGGGCUGUUCUGUUGCUGUCCAUGCGGUCCCUAUACCCAUCCGAAUUUUGUUCUUGUUGCAAAGUUUUGUUUUUUAAACACUGCCAUUAAAUGUUAAUACAAAAACGACCAGGGAGGGUCUUCCAUGGCCUCAAAUGCAAUUUUUUUAAAUAUUCUCAUUUUUAUUAUGUUUUAUGAAUUUUUGUUUAAGAGUAGUGAUUUUGAUAUGAACGUAACGUAGAUUUAAAUGUAAUUUAAAACAUUUAGAGGUUAGCUAUAAACUUGCUUGAUUUUAUUUUUUUCUUUUUCUGAACCCUUGUUUUACCAAUCUUCAUACCAUUGUAAAGUAAUAAUGAAUAAUGUUGAUUAUUUCAAUAAUAAUAACAUUUGUGGCAGGGAAAGGCCCAGAAUUCAAAUGGCAAAAAAGUAUAUAUUGUCUGUUACAAGAAACGUAUUAACUCAGGAAAAUAGGCAAAAUUGUGUAAUAAGACUUUGUAUUAUGAGAUGCAAUUAGCACAGUUUUUACAGGUGUACUUUGAGACUACAAAGCUUUUGUUUUUGUGUGGGGUUUUUUUUUUAACUCGUCAGAACAACAAAUUACAAUACAUGAUCAUGUUUGGUUUCUACUGCGUGUAGCUUUGUUGAGAUUAUGGUACUGUUGUGUCAAUGUGAAUACAUCCACAUUUCGUUUGAGAUCCACAUGUGUACACAAGGUAGUAUAAAGCGUAGUGGAGAUCAGCCCAUGGUGCGCACACAACAUGUUCUUAAAUUAGGAGGAUGUUUUGAACUGACUGUUGUUUUUUUAGCAUAAAGUGUCAGUUGAUAAAGCCAAUCUGACCCUGUACUCCUCUGGUUGUGCCCACCAGUGGCCAGUAGAAAAGACACAGCUUAGACAAAAUUCGACCCAUUGCUGUUACAGCUGUCUCAAAAUGCAAUGAACAUCAAUCCGUCAUCUUUUCAUCAUGCUGUUGCUGAAGCGAUGUCUUUUUUCUUUUCUUUUUUUUUUAAACAAGUCACCACUGUUCUACUCCACUCCUUGCUGUUCCUUUUUGUGUCAGUGGAAUCAAACAAGCACUUUUUUAAACAAAUCAUCAUUGGAAACAACAACCCAUUCAAUUUGCAUAUGUGAUAAGUGAUUAUUAUGCUAAUGGUUAUUAAUAUUAUUUUAAGAGGAGAAAACUGUGAACGAGGGAAGGAGGGUGGGAGGGAGGGAGGGAUGGUGGGGGUGGGAGGGAGGGGAGGGCUGGAUUUUUGUUUAAUAGGGUUUGAUAGGGGUUGACUAGGCAUGACCAUGGGCAUUUAAAUGUAUUUUGUUGCUGUUUCUCAAGGGUAGCCGAGAGGGGGAGGGCGGACUUUUUUUUUCUUACGAUUUGUCAGGUGAUGUUGUAAAAAGAUGAUUUGCCAUAAUUUUGUUAUACAAUAUUUUGAAAGUAUCUCUUUGUAUUUAAGUGUUUUGAGAGACGGGCUGACAUGCUGGAACCCUUAUAUCUUUAACCCCCCGGGUAUGUUGGAAGCAUACCCAAACCCUUUUAUUUAUUCUCCACUAGCCACAACAGAACUCCGUAGCAGAUAUUUUUUGGCAAGUAAUCACCGGACCUGGACCCCUACCUCCCUACCCUCUACUAUUUUUAUGAUUUUUCUAACUCCACCGUUAUUGUAAUUGCAAGAAACUGCUUCAAUAAUACAGUUAAGAAACAGAAAAGUUAUGUUAUACCCACCUCCCCUCCCCAAAAUGCAGCCCUGCACUCACAAGAAUAAACAAUGGCCUUCUUUGUCUUCCGUGGCUAAAGCCAUUCUAUCCCGGCAGCCAGGGUUGAUAUUUAAUUUAGUUGAUUUCCUGUGAGCCCCCUCCUCCUCCUCCUCCUAUAUCUGUGAGCUCCACAGCCAAGAGACUUUGAAGCUGCUCAGAUCACAGGGAACAAAGACUGACUGACCAGCCACCUCACUCCAAACACACACUAUGCUUUUAAAGGAGAGAAAAAGUGGGUGAGAGAUGGAGGGGAAAAAAAGACAAUAAGAUUGACCUAAAUAUACCUCAUAUCACUAAAGCGUAAGAAAGCAGGGACACGCGUUUCAUGUAUGUAGUGGAAAUAUCUGUAGUAUAGGUUUGACAUUGUAUAAUCAUUUAACACUGCCUGUGUUUACAAUUAUAGAGCAAGUGACUCGUCAAAAUGCAAAUGUUUUUUUUUCUUUCUGUAAAAACAUCCACACCAAGCAGUGUUGCAUUCUAGAUGCCUCAUAGAUCAUUCAUUUUUCUCAUGUUAUAUCCCUUAUUUUUGUUACUUGCCAUAAUGUGUUUUGAUAUGAUCUCUAGAAGGAUAUUGUUUACAAAAAUGUACAAAAACACUAAAAAUGUGUGUUCUCAAUUUUUUUUGAGUUUUUCCUCCAGUAUGCAUGAUAAAGACAUUUUGUAUGGCUUUUUUUCUGACUCACCUCAAUACCAAAUUUUGUAGCAGAAGCCUCCCCAUUCCUUCGUCUUAUUUGUUCUAGACCCCUUGUGAUAUGAUUUCCCAGGCUGUACCUGUUAUUGAGAUGAUGAACAGAUUAGAGAAGCCAAUAAAAACUUUUUGUUACAAAAAAUUA